UCUGCCUCCCAAGUGCUACGAUUAAAGGCCACGCAACCACUGCCCAGCAAGAAAGGAAAUUAAGUUGUUCCUGGAGGGUCUGUCGCCUGCUUUGCCACAGCUCUCCUCUGAGGCUACAACUCUGCAAGGGUCAGCAGAUGAGCAUCUGUGAUGCAGAGAGCCUCUGCCGCUCCAGGGCAGCUUACUGCUGCAUCUUCAUCCUAACAGAAGACAAAGAUCAAGAGGGCGGGGUUCUUCCCCUUCCUGGGGCCUUAUAACUCUCCCAGCUGCAGCCUUUUCCUGUCUGCAGAGCUGUUUGCAAGUUAAGAAAAAAAAAAAAAGGAUAAAAACCCUUCUGGGGACUGUUCUUCACCAGUCAUGAGUCAGUACUAGGUGAGGUAGCUCAGCAGCCAAGAGACAGGGCACCUUGCAGGGCCUUUAAAUUCCAGGUCUUUCCUCUCAACAGCCUUCCUACUUUGCUGCAUCUCCAGGUCACUGACCCUGCUCCCUCUAAUCAUUCUGGAUUUUCCCUGAGCACACCCACAACUGCGGUAUUGCUGUGGUUGCUCAGAUCUGAACUGAAAAUGUCCUCAAGAUUGGCUUGGAGCCAGCAGGAAUGUGAAUAGCCUUGCCCUCAUCUGGCCACCUCCCUCCCUUUGUUAGACUGUGUCAAUUGUCUGUUGAUCUACCCUGAAGUUUAAAGUAAGGAAGGAGCCAGAAACAAUGCAAAAAUAACACUAACUUUCCUUUUAACCUUCUGGUGUGUUUUUUUCCUCUUGUUUCUCCAGGCUAAAGCCACAGUCCAUUAGUGGGGGUUACAGGGUUCUGCCCCAUCUCCACCCCGCUCCGCCCCCGUUUUUUUGGGAGGACAGCCAGUCCUAGCACUGCUUCUACUCCCUCCCACUUGGGUCCUACAAAAUAUUCAGCUCAGAGUCCAACUGUGCAUCCCUUACAUCGCAACACCCACAUAGAGAGAUCCCUAUCACUGUGCACCGGGGCGGUGAGGCUCAGAGCACAAAACCAGUUGAUGCAACAUGGAGUUGAUUGAAGAUAUCUCCCGUCCACCACUGGUGUAUGUGAAGGGUAUCCCACUCAUCAAAUAUUUUGCGGAGGCUCUUGGGCCAUUGCAGAACUUCACUCCCUGGUCUGAUGACUUGCUUAUCAGCACAUACCCAAAGUCUGGUAAGCAACAGAGGGUCCCCCAAUGUCCUAUAGACCUCAUUUUGGCAAGCAGGUCCAGACUCUGUAUUCCCUUCUUUCCAGGUACUACCUGGAUGAGUGAGAUGCUGGAUAUGAUCUACCAGGGAGGCAAGGUAGAAAAGUGUCUCCGGGCCCCCAUCCAUGUCCGGGUGCCCUUCCUUGAGUUUGGAUGCCCGGGAGUUCCCUCAAGUCUUGAAUCUUUGGCGGAGACACCAGCCCCGCGGCUCCUUAAGACACAUCUGCCACUUUCCUUGCUCCCUCAGAGUCUGCUGGAUCAGAAGACCAAGAUGAUCUACAUUGCCAGAAAUGCAAAGGACGUGGCCGUCUCCUAUUAUAACUUCUACAACAUGGCCAAGGUGCACCCUGAUCCAGGCACCUGGGACAGCUUCCUGGAGAACUUCAUGGAGGGGAAAGUGUCCUAUGGGUCGUGGUACCAGCACGUGAAGGAGUGGUGGGAGCUGACACACUCUCACCCUCUUCUCUAUCUCUUCUAUGAAGACAUGAAGGAGAAUCCAAAAAGGGAGAUCAAGAAGGUCCUGGAGUUUUUGGGGCGCUCUUUGCCUGAGGAGACCGUGGAUCUCAUUGUUCACCACACAUCCUUCAAGAAAAUGAAGGAGAACCCCAUGACUAACUACACCACUCUCCCCUCUGCAGUCAUGGACCAUGAUGUUUCUCCCUUCGUGAGGAAAGGUAGGUCUGGGGACUGGAAAAACACCUUCACUGUAGCUCAGAAUGAGCGCUUUGAUGCCCACUAUGCUAAGAUGAUGAGAGGCUGCAAUCUCAAAUUCCGUUGCAAUCUGUAAGUGGAUAUAUAUGGCUAUCCUGGGAAUGGGGGUAAGCUGACAUAACCCAUUACGACCUCAAGAAUGAAAUAUCAUGCAUC